AGCGGGCACGGAGAUGGCGGCGGUGGCUCCCCGGCCCGGUGGUCCUCGCGGCGCGUCCCGAGCCCGGAGAGCCAUGCAGAUGUCCUACGCCAUCCGAUGCGCCUUCUACCAGCUGCUGCUGGCGGCGCUCAUGCUGGUGGCGAUGCUGCAGCUGCUCUACCUGUCGCUGCUGUCCGGUCUGCACGGGCAGGAGGAGCAGGACCAAUACUUCGAGUUCUUCCCCCCGUCCCCGCGAUCCGUGGACCAGGUGAAGGCGCAGCUUCGUACCGCGCUGGCUUCCGGAGGCGUCCUGGAUACCAGCGGCGAUUAUCGGGUCUACAGGGGCCUACUGAAGACCACCAUGGACCCCAACGACGUGAUCCUGGCCACGCACGCCAGUGUGGACAACUUGCUGCACCUGUCCGGCCUGCUGGAGCGCUGGGAAGGCCCUCUGUCCGUGUCAGUGUUCGCGGCCACCAAGGAGGAGGCGCAGCUGGCCACGGUGCUGGCCUACGCGCUGAGCAGCCACUGCCCCGACAUGCGCGCCAGGGUCGCCAUGCACCUCGUGUGCCCCUCGCGUUACGAGGCCGCUGUGCCCGACCCCCGGGAGCCUGGGGAGUUCGCCCUCCUGCGGUCCUGCCAGGAGGUCUUUGAUAAGCUUGCCAGGGUGGCUCAGCCGGGGAUCAAUUACGCACUGGGAACCAACGUCUCCUAUCCCAAUAACCUGCUGAGGAAUCUGGCUCGUGAGGGGGCCAACUAUGCUCUGGUAAUUGACGUGGACAUGGUGCCCAGCGAGGGGCUGUGGAGAGGCCUUCGGGAAAUGUUGGAUCAGAGCAACCAGUGGGGGGGCACGGCCCUGGUGGUGCCUGCUUUCGAGAUCCGCCGAGCCCGCCGCAUGCCCAUGAGUAAGACAGAGCUGCUGCAGCUCUACCAAGUGGGCGAGGUUCGGCCCUUCUAUUAUGGGUUAUGCACACCCUGCCAGGCGCCCACCAACUACUCCCGCUGGGUCAACCUGCCAGAAGAGAGUUUGCUGAGGCCUGCCUACGUAGUGCCGUGGCAGGACCCCUGGGAGCCAUUCUAUGUAGCUGGAGGCAAGGUGCCCACCUUUGAUGAACGCUUUCGGCAGUAUGGAUUCAACCGAAUCAGCCAGGCCUGUGAGCUGCAUGUGGCAGGGUUUGAUUUUGAGGUGCUGAACGAAGGUUUCCUGGUUCAUAAGGGCUUCAAGGAAGCUUUGAAGUUCCAUCCCCAAAAGGAGGCUGAAAACCAGCACAAUAAGAUCCUGUACCGCCAGUUCAAACAGGAUUUGAAGGCCAAGUACCCCAACUCUCCCCGUCGCUGCUGAGUCUUUCCCUCCCCUAGUCUGAGAAAUCUCAGCCUCUGGCUCUUCAGGCCUGACUGGGGCAAGAAAUGUCACUCCACGUUACAGAGGUAGCUGUGGUGUUGGAACACUGGACUUGAACAUGGGGUGCUGGGACCAAGUCCUAGCUGUACCACUAACUAGCUGUGUGGCCUUGAGCAAAUUCUGUUACCUCUCUGAGCCUCAGUUACCCUGUCUGUACAAAGGGAGGUGAGCAUACCUACCUCACAGAACUGUUGGGAGGUUCAGAGGAGAUGCUGUGUGUGAAAACAUUCUGUAAGCUUCGUACAAAUGUGAAGUAUUAUUAAUAUUACAGUAUUAUUAUUAUUAUUAUUAACAACCUUGGGUGGAUAGAUGUGAAUGGCAGAGGAAUGACAAGUCUGAGUACUUAACAAAGCACUGGAUUUAGUUCUUAGCUAAGCUUGCUGGAGCGCAGAGGCAAGUGUCUGCGGGCUCAGAGGAUGACAGUCUGAGAUCGGUGCCCUCCCACAGGCUGGGUUGGGUACUCUGGGCUUCGGAUGACAAUGUGUAAAUAAACGAGUGUUCACACCCACA